GUUAUGAGUUUCUCUGGUAAAGUUGUUAUUGUCACCGGUGCAAGUUCCGGUAUAGGAGCCGCUGCAGCCCUUUUAUUUACUAAAGAAUGUGCUGACUUAACAAUAGUUGGAAGAAAUGAAGCUAAACUUAACACAGUGACAGCACAAUGCGAGGAAAUUGGUAAAAAACCUUUAGUUAUCAAAGCUGACGUAUCCGUGGACGAUGAUGCGGCGAAAAUAAUUAAUCAGACGAUAGAAAAAUUUGGCAAGAUCGAUGUUUUAAUAAAUAACGCUGGAAUUGUCGCAAUGGGCACCAUUAUGGAUGGAACAUUUUUGGAACAAUAUGAGAAAAUAGCAAAAACUAAUUUAAGGGCAAUCAUUAAGCUGACGACUUUGGCAAUCCCUUAUCUUAUUAAAACAAAAGGAAAUAUCGUCAAUAUUUCCAGUGUAAGUGGUCAAAAGGCAACAAACAUUGUAUUUGGGCCAUACGGUCUUACAAAAGCUGGUCUAAACUUUUUCACUAACUGUGCAGCACUGGAACUCGCCCCUCACGGUGUUAGAGUCAACACUAUCAGCCCAGGACCAGUAUAUACUGAUAUAUGGGAUGGUGUAAAAGCAGAUCGAGCUAAAUUUAAAACAUUGAAGUUAAAAACAGCCCUUAAUAGAAUGUCGCAGGCUGAUGAAGUCGGAGAGUUGAUUCUAUAUUUAGCAAGUGAUAAGGCGGUUGCUAUUACCGGUUCCAACUAUAACACAGAUAAUGGAUAUCUUUUGUUAAAUUAG